GCCUGGGAAGGAUCCUUCCUCCCCCAAAAGUUAUCGACCCAUCAGCCUUCUCUCAGGGUUAUCCAAGCUAUUCGAAAAAGCUAUUCAUCACCGGUUACUUGAGUCUGCCGAAAAUCUAAAUUAAAAUAAAUGAAUUUAAAGCUAAAAAAAACUACCCAGGACGUUAGGCAAAAUAACAGCGAUUUUAAUUUCGUGUUGUUCUUCAAUGGCCAUCUGCUUACGUUUCAACUUCUAUACAAUUUCAUACUUGUCGCUCGCUUGCGAUAACUUUCAAUUCUGUUCUUCAUCGUGCUUUGUAAACAUGCUCCCUUCCACUUUGAGCUUAGGUAGUUCGAUCUCACCGAUAAAAGCCAAUGAAAAUCAAUCAAUACGAAACUCUCUUCCUACAAGCGUGACAUACUCGAUAGACGACUCCUUUUUAGCAAUCCAUUUUACACGGAACAUACAACCUUUCAAUACUAUUGGAGAACGACAAAGAUAAAAAUAUACGUGAUCGAAACCAGACAAACGUUAUCUUGAACCGGUCGAGUGCCACAAGUUCAUCCAGAUGGCUUGCAAGCCAAUUUAUCUAAUCAAACAGGGAACGAACUGCAGAUAAGCUCCCAUAAAAGUGCAUCGACUUGUCCGAAAUCCCCAGUCAACGACACGUAGCAGCUUGCGUUGGAUUAGAAAUGGCAGAUCAAUCGGUGUUUGAAAAACUGCCGGAAUACAUUCAGACCGGUUUGAAAAAGGUCGCUGUGGACCAAGGUUUCACCGAUGGCGCGUAUCGUUUUGAAUUCGAAGAUGGCUCAAACAAAGGCGAUGGAUUUAUGGGCGAACUUUUCAAGGUGUUCAUCAGGGAGAAUGGCCGGGAGGAGCUGGUAGUGCUGUGCAAAACUCUGCCAAAGCAUGAGAUACGGAAGAGAUACACCAUUUCGAUGUUCCACCGGGAAGUCGCAGCAUACAACGAAGUGUUGCCUUUGAUCAAAAAAUUCCAAGUGGACAAAGGAGUCAGCGAAGACAGUGUCGAGGGAUUCUGGAGCUUCCCGAAAAGUUACUACGCUUACUGUGAUAUGGCCAAAAUGGAAGGAUUGAUCGUCAUGGAGGACCUGAGAGAGAAGCAUUUCCGUAUGUGGAAUAAGCUUGAACCAGUGAAUAACGACCAUACGAAGCUGGUGAUGCGGCAGCUAGGAAAACUACAUGCCGUAUCCUUCGCUUUGAAGGAUCAACAACCAGAAACAUUCGAAAAAUUCAAGCGUUUCAAUGACCCGCUUAGUCAACUGAUUGCCUAUGAUCCGACGAAGGGCAUGAUGAGGAUGAUGAACGGAACAUGCGAACGAGCGGUUCAGGCCCUCGAUGAAAAGGACACUUUGUACAAGACAAAGAUGGAAUCUGUUCGUGGAGUUGUUACUGAUUUGUAUCAAAAGGAUGCGACAGCAAGUGAAGCGGAGCCCUACGCAGUAUUGGGACAUGGGGAUUGCUGGAUCAACAACAUGUUGUACAGCUACGGAAAAGAUGACACAAUACCUACGGAUAUUCGUUUAAUUGAUUGGCAGCUGUGCCGUUAUGGAUCACCAGUCCUGGAUUUGAUGUAUUUUAUAUUCACUUCGACAGACGCACAGCUUCGUGCUGAACAUUACGAAGCAUGGCUAAACACCUAUUAUGAAUCAUUGGCGGAAUAUUUGAAACAGCUCGAUGGAGAUGCAGAGCGGCAAUUCCCUAAGGUAGCAUUCGAGCAGCAAUUGAAACGUUUCGGAAGAUUCGGUCUGCUGAUUAGUUUCUUGGUGUUGCCAAUUAUCUGCACACCGAAUGUAGAAACACCCGACAUCGAAAAGCACAUGGAAAUGGCAAUGAAAGCCAAGGAAGCCAAAGUAGAAACGCCGGGAGCAGAUGAGAAGAUUUUUAGUCAUACUGAGAAAUCGGACGCGAUGUUUCAAUCGCGAGUGCGAGGUAUUAUCAAAGAUGUUGUGCGAUUAGAUUACUUGUGAGUGAUUGUCGUAUGAGAUGCGUCAAGAUAUAGCUGUUUAGCUGUGUAAACAUGACAACGUUAAAAUCAAAAAUAAAACAACAAAACUACUGUUAAUGCCUAUUUUACUGUUGAAUUAUUGCCUUUACCAUCACUUGUAUCGACACUCGACGAAUGUUUCUCAGUUCCAAACAAAAUUGGUCGCCAGGUAAUCUUUUUCUUCUUCUAUCUUCUCUUCUUCUUCUUUUCUAUCU